AUGGAGCGGAGGACCCCACCCAGCCCGCCCUACUCUCCUCUCACGGUCUCACCCCUCUCCACUCCCAGUUGUUUCCCUCCUUCCCCUUUCUCGUCCUGCCCCUACGCCUAUCCCUCUUCCCCCGUUCCCUCACCCCCCGUUCCCCGCCCCUCGUUCCCCCUCUUCUCCUUAGCUCCCCAAGACGACCCCCGCUCUGUCGGAAUACCCCACCCAGCCCGCCCUUCCCUCACUCCUCGCCGCUUCUCCUUUCCCCUUUCUUUCCCCUUCUACCCUUCCCCCCUCCCGCUCCUUUUUUCCUUCCCCCCAUCACAGCUUCCCAAGACCCCCCCCGCUCUGGCGGAGGACCCCACCCAGCCCGCCCUCCCCUCCCCAGGGGGCGGCCCUCCGGACCACCCCCUCCGCCCAGGGGCGCAGGGGGGUGGUGGGGGUGGUAACCCCACUGGUAACCCGACUGGUAACCACAUGGGUAACACGGGGAAUGCCGAUAUGGGCGGUGGGAACAUGGGGAACGGGAAUGUGGGGAAUCAUGUGCAUGGGAGCGGGGGAGGUCAGGGGAACACGCAGGGGGGAGGUGGUAUGUGGCAUGGAGGGGCGAAUGGAGGGGGGGGUGGGGAGGGGGAGGGAGGGAGAGGUAUUGAAAACGGUGUUGGUUUUGGUGCUGCUGCUGGUAAGGAUGGUGAAAUGGGAGGACGAGGAAGAAGAGGAGGAGAAGAUGACGAGAUAAUGCACACGCAGCAAGGAGGGGAGACGGGGGGAAGGGACAACAACGAGCCAACUCCUAUGAGUGUGGUGCUCCCAACCCUUGGGGGCGAGGGAGGGUCAGGUGGGACAGCAGGAGGAGGAGGAGGAGGAGGCGGAGGAGGGGUGACAGGAGGCGGAGGAGGGGGAGGGUCAGGGGGAUUUACAGGUACAGCUACUGGGACAAUGCAAGCAUUGACCUUGAACGUGGGCGGAGGGGGCAGCGGGGGAGAGGGGGGUAGUGGGGGCGCCGUUCAGGAGAGGGCUGGGGCUGGGGCAGGGGCAGGGGCAGGGGUAAGGGGUGGGGUAGGGGGUGGGGGUGGGUUAGGGGUAGGGGCCGUGGCAGGGAAUGGGUUUUAUAGUUUAAGGUCCGGUGCUGCUGGGUUGGGGAUGGGGAUGGGGACUGGGGUGGGAGCAGGAAUGGGAACAGGGAUGGGAACAGGGAUGGGGUUUCGGAAAGCUGGGGCGGUAGGAGGGGGGAGAGGAGGCGAGGAGGGGGGGGCUAGGAGUAUGGUUAUGGGGAAUGUGAGUGAUGCCCCUGCUGUGGCUAUAGCGGUGGGGGAUGAUGAGAUCCCUGCGUUGUUGUCACCUGCUGUAGAAGCACAUGAGUAUCAGCCACAGCACGUGCAACAGCAGCUACAGCAGCAACAAAAACAGCAACAACAACAGCAACAACAACAGCAACAACAACAGGUGCAACUGCAUCCACAACAGCAGCAGCAACAGCAGCAGCAGCAACAGCAGCAGCAGCAGCAGCAGCAGAAGCGAGAGGAGGGGAAUCAAGGGAGGGGUGGCAUGAUCGAUCUAAACUCCUGGCCUCAGCGUUCCACUGAAGCCUCACAAAAGAAGCCGCCGACGCCGGCGCCUGUCGUGAUGAAAGCUAAGCGGAGUUUCAGUUAUGGCGGGUCCCGUCAGAAGAUCGGAAGCGGCCAUAUCAGCCGCCAAUUCAUCAGCCAAUCCAGCAGCAACCAACCACCGCAGGCGUUCCCGGCUUGCCCUCGAGUUUCGUCCCCGGGCCCUUCAACGCUCGACGACUCGUCCGCCGCUUUUUGCGCCGCCGAUUGCGCCGCAGGCCGCAGCCUGGAUCCGCAAGCCACCGCGCCGUCUAUUUACUCGGGGAUCGCGGGCGGAAAUUUCGGAUCUGACAUAUUGUGUUCUUACCCCAGCUUAGAUCGCGGCAGCAGCACCAGUUCCGCCGCCACUCUCGCUUCCCCCUCCUUCUUCUCCCCCGCGGACGCCAAGGGGCGCCUCUCCGCGCAGUUUGGCCCAGGCAUGUGGGCGGAAGGCGGAAACUAUUCCGCUAUGGAAGCGUCCCCGGAGCGGAACUGGGUGGGGGAAGCAGCAGUACGCGCGGGUUUCUCCGGACGACGUCUCUCCACCUCGUCGUACUUCCAGACACUUUUUCGCGUGGGCGAAAGUUGCGAGAGUGGCGAAAGUUGCGAAAGGGAGAACGAUUUCCUGGAAACGGGUUACGACGAGAGCGACAUAGCGGAAGCUUCGUGCCUGGCGCGCCGUUCCCCGCGGAUCUCCUCGUCGCGCCGCAGCCCCUCGUUCUUCUCCCCCGCGCGCGCGCAGCUCCCCCACUUCCCCGCGGCCUAUCCUCCCCCCAACAUCCUCUUCCGCUUCUCCCGCAGUAAACGCCUCUCUGAAUCCUCCGUCUGCGUUCCCGCCGCGCCUCCCGCCAUGUUUCCCUCCGCUUCCGCUUCCAAUUCCGCCGCCGCGAGCCGCCCACCUUCCUCUUCGACCUGCGUAACGCCAGUAGACCCAUGGCAAGCGGAAAGGCUGACUCAGCAGGCUCUGGCCGAGAAGGGAUGCCCGCCAGACGUGUCUGUGACGGGGGGACGAAUGCCCGUCUCUUCAGGUGCUUCGUCAGGUGCUUCUUCAGGUGAUUCUUCAGGUGCUGGUGCAGCAGCAGGUGAAACGCGGGAAAGCAGCAGGCUGGAGAUCUCGUUUGAGAACCUGUCCUUGGAUUCGGAUGAAGCAGGUUCGUCGGAAAGCUCUGCUGCUGCCGCCACUGGGCAAACGCAGCAAGCAUUGUUCAGAAUGUCACAAUUUGACUCCAAUUCGGAUGAAGCGGGCUCAUCAGAAUCCUCUGUUGCUGGGGAGGAGCAGCCAAUGGCAGCACCGCGAGCGGUUCCCACUAGGAGGGAGGAAAGCUCCUGGGCGGUUCCAAUGUCCUCCUAUUGUUCGCAAACGUUGCUACGGGAAGAGGAGGGCAAGGACGGAUCGGUAACCACGGUUUAUCCCGGGGAGCACCCUGAAGCUGACAGAAAGGUCCGCUCUGAUGCUGCAGUUUUUUCCAAGGACACUGAAGGGGACAGUCAGCCCCACUUUGAACACUUUGAAGCGCAUAGCAAGAUGAAAUCUGACAUUCCUUUUUCCCCUCGGCAGCAGCUUUCGAGGAACUUCUGUCGGCUGUUGGGAUGCUGGGCUGGCUCUAAGGGCAGCAGAGCACGAGGAGCUUGCGUGCGGGAAUGUGACAGCGGGAGGGUUGGGGAAGAGGAUGGGGGAGGGGCUGGCAUGGGAAAGAGGGCCUGCUGUGGGAACGUAUGCAAGGCGGCGCAUGUUGGACAAAGAAGGGGGGACUUGAUGGGGGAUGUGAUGGGCAGUGUGGGUGGUGGUGAGGGAGAUGCCAAGGAGUCUGCCGCUGGAAGCAGAGGUAGGCUGAAGAAGUGGUGGGGGGGUGUGUAA